AUGGCGCUGUUACGGCCACCACCUACCAUCGCAUUCCACCAGAAACUUCACCACCGUCACCCUCUACCAUGUUCACCAUCGCACCUCUACACCGACCGAAGAAAGGUUUUACAAUCAAAAACUAGUAUCAUCAUAAGCACCACCCACGACUAUCGACAAGAAUUGAGAAUUGUAAAUGUGGCGUCGGAUCCGGAUAGCGAUAGGGAGGGAAGUAGUAUUCUGUUAUCGGAGGUGGUGGAAGAGCAGCCAAGAGAGGUGUUGACGGGUAGGAGGAAAUGGAAUGCUUUGGACAUCACCACCGCCGGAGUGGUGGCGGGAAUGCAUUUGCUAUGUGUUUUUGCUCCAUUUACUUUCAGUUGGGGAGCUUUAUGGCUGGCGUUUGGGUUGUUUAUGGUUACUGGGCUUCUCGGAAUUAGUCUUUCCUUCCAUAGACAUUUAUCACAUAAAAGCUUCAAGAUCCCGAAAUGGCUUGAAUACACGUUUGCUUAUUGUGGAGUUCAUGCCCUUCAGGUGAAUUAA